CCAGGCGCUGCGGGAUCCUGCUGGACGGGCCCCUCGCAGCUCUCAAUCCAGCAUCCUCGGGGUCAGCAUGGGCCGACUGGACGGGAAGGUGAUCGUGCUGACAGCCGCGGCCCAGGGCAUCGGCCGGGCUGCUGCCUUGGCUUUUGCGAGAGAAGGCGCCCGAGUCAUAGCCACAGACAUCAACGAGAGCAAGCUCCAGCAGCUGGAGCAGUGCCCAGGUAUUCAGACUCGGGUCCUGGAUGUCACAAAGAAGAAACAAAUUGACCAGUUCGCCAGUGAGGUUGAGCGACUUGACGUUCUCUUUAACGUGGCAGGCUUCGUGCACCACGGAACCAUCCUGGACUGUGAGGAGAAGGACUGGGACUUCUCCAUGAACCUCAACGUCCGCAGCAUGUACCUGAUGAUCAAGGCCUUUCUUCCUAAAAUGCUUGCUCAGAAAUCUGGCAACAUCAUCAACAUGUCCUCUGUGGCUUCCAGCAUCAAAGGAGUUGUGAACAGAUGCGUGUACAGUGCCACCAAGGCCGCGGUGAUCGGCCUCACCAAGUCGGUGGCCGCCGACUUCAUCCAGCAGGGCAUCCGCUGCAACUGCGUGUGUCCAGGAACGGUCGAUACCCCAUCUCUGCAAGAAAGGAUACAAGCCAGACCCAAUCCUGAGGAGGCCCUGAGCGACUUUCUGAAGAGACAGAAGACUGGAAGGUUCGCCACCGCAGAAGAAGUGGCCCAACUGUGUGUGUACCUGGCGUCAGACGAGAAAAUGAAAUCUGGCCUCCCCAGUGGCGCAGCGGGUUGAGCACAGCGCUGUGAAGCUAUCCACAGCCUCUGCAGCACAGGUUCGAUUCCUGGCCAGCCAGGGAGAAACCCACAUGGUGCGCAGCAGACCUCUCCUGUCUUGCCCGCUGCUCCCCUCAGCAGUGUGUUUCGGUCCAUCUGCCUGUUCUGCUCCCUGCUCUGUCUCUGGUGAAUCCUCUUACCCUCCCGCGCCUCCGGCCUGUACCCCAGCUAGUGUAUAAAAAUAAAUAAAUAUUUUAAAAAUCAAUCAAUCAAUCAGUAAAAGAAAGUGAAAACUACUGUGGGGAAAAAAACUAAAAAUUUUUAACUCCUUUAGUUUUGCACACAUUGGGAUACCUGAAGCUUGUGUAGAAUAUUUCCUCAGAGUUCAAUGGAUUAUAAUAGCUUGAUUAUUCAGUGUAUUAUUUUUAUUAAUUAAAUUGUUUUUCUUACAUCAUUGUAGUCCCCAGAGCUCUCCUCUUCAUACAGAUUUUAAAAACAUUUCAUGUGCUUCAGUUACCAAAAUUAUCUUUGUAUAUUCACCAACUAAGUACAUACAAUUUUUUUAUUUUUGUUUGGAAACUGAUGUGAUCACUUCAGAUGACACACUUGAUUAUGUUUAAAAGCAUAUUGGAGCCAUAAAAUUCAGCCAGUUUAGCAUGAUUCUGAGUUUCCAAGUGAAAAUGGGCAUUCCAGCCGACACUUGAUCCUAACCUGUGCCAUGGCUGUGUGUCACUGGACUUCUGAGUUUCCAGAUUCUGAAACCAAAUACCCAGCAGACUGUGUUCAGGGACACCCAGGGGAUUAAGUCCUCUGGGAUUAAUCCCAUUCAGUAAAUUUUCUGUGCCGUUAAAUUUUCUGUGCCGUGCGAGGUUUCUUGUUACUGCAAGAGGAACUAGUGCAGCCAUAGAGACACGGAAGCCAUGUAGAAACACUUGUGUUAAACCGCUUGGUUGUUCGGCCCUGUCUCCC